AUGGUUGCAGUCUUCGAAUAUGACGCCACUUUUCUAGUUCCUGUUGCUUAUAACAACCUUCAAAAUCUAGUUUUAUGUCAGAUCAGUUGCACUAAGACUGUUGUCCUCAAAGUUGGUAUGUCAUGUCAAGGGUGUGCUGGAGCAGUGAAUAGGGUUUUGGGGAAAAUGGAAGGUGUUGAGUCAUUUGACAUUGAUCUGAAGGAGCAGAAGGUGACAGUGAAAGGAAAUGUACAGCCAGAUGAAGUUCUGCAAGCCGUUUCCAAAACUGGGAAGAAGACUGCAUUUUGGGUGGAUGAAGCACCACCUGAAAACAAGCCCAAAGAAACCGCACCUGCUGCCUCAGCUGAAAAUGAUAACAAACCUUCAGAAACUGCACCUGUUGCCUCAGAAAACAAGCCUUCGGAAACCGAAAUUGUUACCUCAGCUGAGCCUGAAAACAAGCCUUCAGAAACUGCUAUUGAAACUGAUGCCUAA